UGUAAUAAUAAUUGAAUAAUAAUAAUCACUUAAAAUUUUUCACCCAACAAAUCCCUUACCCAAAUUCAAAUCCCCUCCUCCGUCCAUGCGAACUGCAUGGCUCCACCGUCCGAACCUCAUCGCCGCCGUCACAACAACCACAAUCACAACCACAUCUUCUCCUUCUUCCAAUCCACCGCUUCCAAUUUCCUCUCUCUCUUCAACCAUCACAAUCCUCCACCUUCACCUCUACCUCAACUACCCUCCGCAGUCUCCCUCCCCCUCUUCUUCGCGCCACCUCUCUCCGCUGUGACGUUCGAAACCACCUCCGACUCAACUCGCUCUUCCGCUAAAUCGGUUAGAGUGUCGAGGUUCAAUUCCAAUGUCAAAGGUGGUGGUGGUCCCGCUUUUGUUGGUCAGGUUUUCAGCAUGUGUGACCUCUCUGGAACUGGUCUCAUGGCUGUUUCUACUCACUUUGAUAUUCCUUUCAUCACAACAAGAACCCCAGAGUGGCUGAAAAAAAUGUUUGCAGCAAUCACCAAGAGUGAGAGGAAUGGCCCUGUAUUUCGCUUUUUUAUUGAUCUAAGAGAUGCAGUUUCAUAUGUCAAAAAACUCGAUAUUCCAAGUGGCGUGGUGGGUGCCUGCCGUCUUGAUUUGGCAUAUAAGCAUUUCAAGGAAAAGCCUCACUUAUUCCAAUUUGUUCCAAACGAGAAGCAGGUCAAGGCAGCUAAUAAACUUCUGAAGACCAUCCCACACAAUAUCGCUGGGAAAAAGGUCGAUGGGGUGCCUGUGUUUAGUGCUCAGAACUUGGAUAUUGCAAUAGCAACUACCGAUGGAAUUAAAUGGUAUACCCCCUACUUCUUUGAUAAAAACAUGCUUGAUAACAUUCUUGAAGAAGCUGUUGAUCAACAUUUCCAUACAUUAAUCCAAACUCGGCACAUUCAGCGGCGACGAGAUGUGGUUGAUGACAACUUGGCAGCAGAAGUGAUUGAGGAAAUUGGAGAUAGUUUAGGGGAGCCUCCAGAGGUUCAAGAAGUGCUUGAUGAAAUGGGCCAUCCUAGUAUACCACUAAGUGUUAUUUCUAAAGCUGCAGAACUCCAGUUCCAUUAUACUGUUGACAAAGUGCUCUUGGGAAAUAGGUGGUUGCGGAAAGCAACAGGCAUACAACCGAACUUUCCAUAUAUGGUUGACUCAUUUGAAAGAAGAAGUGAAGCCUCUUUUCUGAGAAUUACAGAGUCAAGCAGCUGUCCCGAUAACUCUAAAUUGGAAGAUGAUGCUAAACAAACUGGGUGUACAGACUCUUCUGAAUAUAGUUUGGAUGACAGCACUGAAAAAGUAGGGUUAUCAAGAAAAGGUGUAAAUGAAGAAUAUUUGAAACAAAAUACCUUUCUUCCAAAAAUUACAAUGGUUGGUCUCUCUACAGAAGAAGCAGGCCAGAUGGGCAAAGCUAGUUUGAAAAAAACAAUGGAUGAUUUGACAAAAGAGUUGGAGGAGACGGAACUAGAUAAUAUAACUGAUGGUGGUAGUAAUGAGUACAAAUUAGAAGAUGAUAGGGAUCCACUAUUUGUAGCCAAUGUGGGUGAUUAUUAUUCUAGUAUUGGAAGGACACGAACUCCUCGUUGGAUUCGAGGAGGGUCAAACUAAAACUUGCACGGUGACUGCUUCUCAUUUUGAUGGAAAACUCGGGAACUACACACCGGAUUUGAGGAGGGUCCAAUUAAAACCUUUUUGCUAUCAAGAAGAAUGUUUCAUUUGGGGGUAGUUUUGGAUAUUUAUUGGUGUCUCCAAACAAAAAAAAAUCAGGUUACUGUACUAAAGUUGGUUGAUCAAGCUUUUUGUGGUGUUUACUAAGCUUGGUUAAUCAAGCUUGAGAUUAUAUGUCUGAUCAGAAUGUUGUACAUCAUCAUUAUCUAUGUAAUUUAUCAAUGUUUCCCA